AUGGCUCCUGCCUCGCCAGCAAAACAAGGAAACGACUCCCAAUGGCCCCCACGAUCUCCGCAUGAAGCUCUGCUUAGCACGCCGCGGGGACGGGAGCGAUACCGACAGAUGAUGACUUCGCCCAGUCCUUCGCCGUCAAAAAGAGGUCGCAACUUACCUUCAAUGAACCUUAUGGCCGAGAUCGAAAACGACGAGGACGACGAGGAUGAGGAAACGCUGCAGUUGAAACUUCAAGAGAUACAGGCACGGCUCAAGUUGAAGAAGCUACAGAGCGCCAAGUCGAAAAAGACGGACGAUAAUGUUGAAAAUCUGCAUGCGACGACCUCGGAACUUGCGAUAUCAACGCAACCUCCAAGCCGUUCACGGCGCGCGACAACUCCUACAAAGGCAGAGCUACCCGCACAACAAAACAAUGUCCAAGUUCCUGCGUCGCCAGUACGAAGGAUAAAAGAGCCCCAACUUCCGACCUCCCCCAGCAGAGUGUUACUAGGCAUCGAUAAAGGACUCAAGGCUCAGGAUAUUUCCUUGAAGCGUGCGCCUAGUUACAGAGACUCGCAAACAACGACUGAUAUUGGACAAUCUGGUUAUCUGCGGAGAUCAAGGACUACCGGAAGCGCCAACUCCUCGGCUUCAUUCGAUAACGGCAGACCUCUGAGCUUCAACGAGCGGUUGGCAUCUGUAAGGACAGACGAACUUGCAAGAGCUCAGCGGCAAAAGGACAUACAAAAGUUAAGAACGAAUGCUUUCGGAAUCAGCCAGGAUGAGAUGGAACAAUACAAAAAGAAAGCUGUCGAAAUCCCAGACGAGCCAAUCAAAACCCCGUCCUUUUCAAGAGAAGAGAUCAUGGGCAAACCCCAGCCUGUGGAGAGGCAACGAAGCUACACUGUUCCCAAUGUCCAAUCGCCCGGCAUCAGUCGCCCAGCUACUUCGAUGGCGCUAACGAGAAGGAAGAAUACGCCCCCUGGGGAAGUAACCGAUGAACAAGCAGCCGGCAUAGAGCCAUACUCGAGUUUCCACCUGUCCAAACGAAUCCUGCCCCAUAGUGUCCUUGCUCGACAUGUUUCUGGUAAAAAGGCGUACAUGAUCAAAGAUCUACUCAGAGACGUCAAAGCACCAGAUUUUGCGCUACCGGAUAUUGAACAGGAUAUUGUGGUAUUUGGCAUUUUGGCCAAGAAAUCUGAACCUCGUGCCCACAAGCCGACACAGAAAAACGGGAAGACGGAGGAUCGGGGGAAAUACAUGGUCAUGACUCUGGUUGAUUUAGAAUGGGAACUGGACCUUUUCCUCUUCAACUCGGGGUUCACAAGAUAUUGGAAACUCACUGAGGGUACCGUUAUCGGAAUUCUCAACCCUACACUCAUGCCACCACCGCCUGGGCGACAUGAUACUGGCAAGUUCAGUCUGGUUAUCAACUCGGACGAUGAUUCAAUUCUUGAAAUUGGAACAGCUCGCGAUUUGGGAGGAUGCCAAUCAGUCAAGAAGGGCGGAGAUAUUUGUGGCACCUGGGUAAACAAAAAGCGAACCCAGUACUGUGAAUUUCACUCGAACGAGGCCAUCCGCAAACAGCGCUCUACGAGGUUGGAGGUCAACGGAAGCAGUUUUGGCACCAGAAAGAACAAUUCUAGAGAAGUCUAUCAAUUUGGCGCUCAAAAGAAAGAAGAGGCCAAGAAAUACGACUGGGAGACAAAAACGCACUGGUUUGCCUCACGUACGAUGAGCACGGCAGACCUGAUCGAUGGCAAAGAUCGAACGCCAAAUGACCGAAAGGAGAGAGCAGAGCAUGUGAAGCGAACUCUGGAGGCAAAGGAAAAGGAGCGUGAAAUGAUGAAGAAGCUUGGUCAAGUUGGUAAUGCUGCGGGAAGAGAAUAUAUGCGGCAAGCUGGUUCGCGGACUUCGAGGUUGCCUGCUUCCGCCUCGUCUAUAGAGCCAUCGCCAAGCCCAGCGAAUAUCGCGGACGAAGUUCUCAGGCCAGAUGCAAAGUCACUUGGGCUACUAGGGAAGAGCAACAUUCAUCUGAGUCCUGUUAAACGAAAACGUCCUGACAGUUCUUCAGCUGGAUCACAAGCUGGCUCGGCCACAAGUAGUGGACCGUCAGCUUUUGGUUGGGGAAGUAGUCUGAAAGACAAGCUUUCGAAGAUGAAGGAAGGGGAGAAGUUACGCAAGGAUGGGCAGCCGCCAGUGAGAAAAAAGACUCGCUUCGUUACCGACAAGGGCAUUCGAGAAGCUGGGAGAGAAAGUCUCGGUAACGACCUGAUCAGUAACGAGCUGGCGAAGCGGCGAAUCACGCUCGACGAUGACGAUGACGACUUGGUUAUUGUAAAAUAA